CCCGAAAUCCCCACCCAAGGCAGUUCUUCUUUCUCUGCAAGGCAAGCGGCGGCAGAUUGAAGAACAGAUACCUGGUCCAGAAUCCAGAUACCCACCCUCCUUCUUCCUCUGCAAGCCGGGGCAGAUUCACCCACUCUGUACAGCAGUAUUCCCUCGCCCCCGCCCUCGCCCCUCGCCGAUCGGACUGGGAAAGCGAGAGCGGGAUGCCGACGCUGACGAAGCUGUACAGCAUGAAGGAGGCCGCCCUCCACAACACCCCCGAGGACUGCUGGAUCGUCGUCGACGGCAAGAUUUAUGAUGUGACCGCGUAUUUGGAUGACCAUCCUGGGGGUGCUGAUGUUCUGCUUGCCGUGACUGGUAUGGAUGGCACCGAGGAAUUUGAAGAUGCGGGCCACAGCAAGGAUGCCAAGGAGUUAAUGAAGGAUUACUUCAUUGGGGAAUUGGACUUGGACGAAACACCUGACAUGCCUGAGAUGGAGGUUUUCAGGAAAGAGCAGGACAAGGACUUCGCCAGCAAGCUGGCGGCUUACGCUGUGCAGUACUGGGCCAUUCCGGUAGCAGCAGUCGGGAUAUCAGCCGUGGUUGCCAUAUUGUAUGCACGAAGGAAGUGAUGACUGGUUAUAGGUUGAUUGAAGAACCAUUUUGGGGUAACCAACACAUUUAUAGCUGGUUAUGGAUGGAGAGAUUAUGUACUUCUGUCCAAAGGGGAAGACAUUGAGCCCUUAGGUACUUGAGUCAAAUAUUUGUCCACAAAAUUGGUGGUACUAUUUUAUCAAUAUGUCAUUCUAUGGAUGGAUUCAUUUCAAGACCUGAA